AUGGCAAAAAGGAUUAGGAUUAACUGGAAGCAAGAAGGUGUUGAAAAAACCUUUCUUGAAGCAUGUGUUCAUGAAAUAACCGUUAAUGGACGUGAAGCAAGCAGUCUUAAACAAGCGUCAUGGAAAACUAAUCACUAUGAUUUUCUAAAAGGAAAAUUUGCAGCUUGGUUAAAACUUAAAAACAAAACCGGGAAUGUCUAUGAUCCAGUUACAAACAGUUUUAACUUGUCAGAAGAAGAGUGGCAGAUUGAGAUGAAGUCUAACAAGUAUGUAGAAGCUUUGAGAAGUGCGCCACUUGCUUUCCCCGAGCUUUGUUGUCAAUUGUAUGAGGGGUCUACUUCAAAUGGGUUUGAUAGUUGGGGGCCAAGUUCUACGCUUCCUCAUCCUUCUGAGGAAGUGAAUGAGCACAAUUUGGAUGGUAUGGAUGUCGAAUGCACUCAAGUGGAUUCCCCAGGUAAAGGUGUUAGUGAGGAGUCAAGUAUUCGGUCCCAAAAAAAAAAGAAAAAGGAGAGAAACGAAAACAUAAGGCAACAUUAGAGUCAAAGCUUAUAGAAGUUGGUGAAGAUAUUAGCAAGUUGGCAAAGAUGAUGAUUGAGAAACACACACUUUCUGAUGAUAUGGAUGCAUGUUUGGAGAAGUUGGAGACAUUGGGUUGGGAUGAGUCGGAUGCGAAAUACGAAACAGCGCUUUUGCUUU